UCUCGAUAUUUAUUAGCAAAAAAAAAAAACAUUUCCCUCUUUGUCUCCACUAAAACGGCAGCGUUUUAGUAGCUGCGUAGCCCCCAAGUUCACCUCUUUCCUUUCUUCUACAAAUGGGAAACGGAGUUAGUAACUGUUGCGUGGCGGGAGAUACUUCCGUGCGAUACGACGUCGGAGCCAAACGGGUUCACGACAGCCUCGGUCACUCUUUCAGCUACGUCCGACCGGUUCUCGACGGAUCAAGACCUUCUUUCGCGCAGGAACCGUCUCUCGAACCCGACCCGAUCCCCGGAACCACGACAACUUUCCGUUCGAUCUCCGGCGCUUCCGUCAGCGCCAAUAACUCGACGCCGCUCUCUGCCUGUCUGUCGUCAACAGACGCGUCGUUAAAGGCCUCCGGUUUCGAGAGCUCCAACAGGUUCGCUUCAUUUCCCCUCGAGCCCGUGCCGCGUGGUCCAACAAAGAAGCAGAGUCAUGUGUCUGUUGGUCCGUUCGAGCGCCGGUUCUUGUCCGGUCCGAUCGAAACCGGUUUGGUUGGGAAUAAAAAGAAACCAAAGAAGAACAAAUCAUUUUCUAAACCUAAACCAAACAAAAAAAGACUUGCCACGUUCAAAACCAUUGUCAACAAACUGAUGAUACCUAACAAUCUAUCUCGAUCAAAGAAGAGCGUGAUCGAGCCAAUCAGCAGUUUCAAUUCACGUCAAGGAGGAGCAUCAGUUCCUGAGAUCAACUACUCAAGCACGACUCUGAGCAGCCAAGAAGAGAGCCCUAGAACCAAAGAACGAGAAGGCUCAGAGGAGGAGGAGGAGAAGAGUGAGUCUUCUUCUCUAGAAAAGCCGAAGAUUCAAUGGGCGCAGGGGAAAGCAGGGGAAGAUCGAGUACACGUCAUCCUAUCCGAGGAAAACGGUUGGCUUUUCGUAGGGAUUUACGACGGGUUCAACGGUCCGGAUCCACCGGAUUAUCUUCUCAACAAUCUCUACACCGCCGUGCUCAAAGAGCUCAAAGGUUUGCUAUGGGACGACGACAACUCUGAUGAUCUCGGAUCAUGUAGCGAGUCACAUAUCAAGAAACAGAGUAAACUGGAAGGAGGCAGUGUUACUUGUGACUCAAGAAACAUAGCUGAGGAUGUGAAGAAACUCCAGUGGAGAUACGCUUCGAAACAGAAUCACAAAGAAUCUGACUCGGAGAUGAUUAACCACAAAGACGUGCUAAAGGCUCUUCAACAAGCGUUGAUGAAAACAGAGGAAGCGUUUGACCUGACGGUUGACGAGAAUCCGGUAUUAGCCUUGAUGGGAUCAUGCGUACUUGUGACGUUGAUGAAAGGUGAAGACGUUUACGUGAUGAGCGUUGGAGACAGCCGAGCGGUUCUGGCUCAAAGAUCUUAUCUCGGGAGGAAAAAGAUGGCAAAUGAUCUUCAGAGAAUCAAGGAAGAGAGUCCAUUAAAGACUUGUUUGGUCAGAGAAAAAAGAGUGAGUCUUCUGGUUCCUGUUCAGCUCAAUAUGGAACACAGCACAAACGUUCAAGAGGAAGUGAGAAGAAUCAAGAAUGAACAUUCUGAUGAUCCAUUGGCGAUAGAGAAUGGUAGAGUGAAAGGUUAUCUCAAGGUUACUCGUGCCUUUGGCGCUGGAUUUCUCAAACAACCGAAAUGGAACAAGGCGGUUCUAGAGAUGUUUAGAAUAAACUACGUUGGAACAUCGCCGUACAUCACGUGCUCUCCGUCGCUUCACCACCAUAGACUCACGUCGCAUGAUAAGUUCCUCAUCCUCUCUUCUGAUGGAUUGUAUGAAUACUUCUCAAGUGAGGAAGUCAUCUUCGAGGUCGAGUCUUUCAUCUCAGCCUUCCCUGAAGGUGAUCCUGCUCAGCAUCUCAUCCAAGAAGUCCUCCUUCGAGCUGCCAAAAAAUAUGGUAUGGACUUCCACGAAUUGUUGGAGAUACCACAAGGAGAUCGUCGCAGGUAUCAUGACGAUGUUUCUGUCAUUGUGAUUUCACUUGAAGGGAGAAUUUGGAAAUCUUCCAUGUGAAUAAAAAACCGUGUGUGAUCCACUAAGUUUUUGUUAUGUACUUUCUCGCAUAUUCAAUAUGCUGUGUUUUCCAUAACCAAAUAUGUAGUU